UUUGAUUUACGGUCACUCUUGCGGCAUGUCAACGUUUUAUAAAAAGCCGGAAUAACGUCAGACACCAACCUACAACACAGAGACAGGCUUAAAGCCAGGACGAAAAAUAGUAUAAAAUACAAGCAAUAAGGAUGCACAUUUCCACAAUACUGGCCGUUUUAGGCGCAGCCCUGGUGAUUGGAUGCCUGCAAGUUUCGGCAUCGGAGCCGGCAAACAAAACCGAGGAAUUCGUGGCUACGGAUGAGUGGCAAGUGGUGGCCGAAGGUCAGGCCAUACCAAAGGGUCUACAUGUGCGCAUUAAUCUGCAAACGGGUGUCAAGGAGGCCAAACUAUUGGACGAAAGCGAACGUGGCACUGCUUUGCAGAGCAAGUCCAGCGAUGAGGAAAUGCCGCUUUCAUUGGAGCACAAGGCGGACAUCAUUGAGGAGUCAGUGCGCAAAUCGAAAGAGCAUCGCAGUUAUGCAGAACUGCGUAAAGCCUAUAAGGAUUUCCAAAAGAACUUUCGCACAGAUGGUGAAGUGAUCGUGCAACUUCUGGAGCAGUAUCGCAAUCUUAGCAAAACGCCGGUACAGUCUGAGCUAAAGAUCAAGCUUAAUGUGCUGGAGAAUCUCGAAUACCUACUACAUCAAAUUGAUAAUGCUCUGGUGUUCAUCGACAAUGGCAGUUUGGACGAUAUCUUACUGCCCAUUGUGGUCAACGAUACCAACACGGAUUUGCGUAUUUCGGCGAUGCGUGUGCUGGGCGCCCUAACAGGCAACAAUCCCAAGGCUCAAAUUAAAGUGUUUGAACGCAACUUUGGUUCACAUCUCGCUCAAAUCCUUAUGACGUCCUCAAACAGUGCAGAAAUCUCAUCAGCUCUGCAUGCUUUCGGUGCUCUAUUGCGCAAAUUCCCAUUGGCACAGCAACGCAUUCUUUCCACGUCCGGAACACAGGCUCUCAUUGGGGUCCUGCGCAGCGCUGACGUGGAACUCCGCAACAAAGCCAAGGUCGUAACAUUAAUCAGUGAUUUAGUUGUAGAGAAGCGCUCUGUAAUCGAUGCCAGCAGAGAUGCCUCCCCAGAAGUGGCUGACACAACUGUGGCUCAAUAUGUGCUCCUCGAUUUCGAGACAUGGCUGCAAUCUCAUGGGUAUUGUGCCGCACUCGAAGCAGUGCUCAGCCAGGAUUAUGUGAAUCUUUUGGAUCAGCCGGAGGCUGUCGAGCAGUUUAUCAUUGCGCUGGACACCACCGAGAGCCUGUGCCAGCCAUUAUGGUCCAAAAGCGCAACGCUGCGUCAUGCGCUGCUCACCAUACGCAAUAGAUUCGCGCACAGCGAGGAUGAGUAUCGAUUGGAGGUGUCACAGGUUGUGGCAAAAGUUUGCGAACGUUUCUACGACAAACAGAAGCAUACUGAACUCUAGAUAAUGAAUUUGCCACACUAGUUUAUUUAAUGCUUAGGACUGAGUUAACUUGACAUUAAAUCUAGCCAAAUUGUAUUUCUAUUAACUAUUUAAAGUGCCAAAAUUUCUUGUAAGAUUUAAUUUGAUUAAAUAUUUAUAAAUAUAUAGAUGUGAUCC